AUGAGCAGCAUGGAGUCGCCCGAGCGUGAGAAGUCUGUGCCUCAGCCCGAGGAGCCCGUCAACUCCAUCGAGGAUGACGGCGCCGUCUCGGAGGAUCAGUGGCAAGGCAUGGGGGAUAUGCUCAUGGCAAUCUACGAUUUUCGCGAGCCAGAUGGUCACGAUCCCUCGCGACUGUUCCAUCGAAGUGUCAACAAGCGCAUCGUUCCCGACUACUACGAUAUUAUCAAGGAGCCAAUGGCGCUCAGCAUCAUCAAGCAGAGAAUCAACAAGCGGGAAUAUAAGCAAAUUGCCGAUUUUGUGCGCGAUUUUGCCUUGAUCCCUCACAAUGCGCAGACCUAUAACCGGCCCAAGUCGCAAGCGUACGAAGAUGCGCUAGUCAUCAAGGAUGUCAUCGUCUCGGAGCUGAAGAAGUUGGUCGAGAAAGAUCUACUCAACGCCGAAGAAUCCGAGUUGCCGGAUCUAGGCGAAAUCCCAGAGGCUGAUCCUCUACCGGAUGAUGAUGAGGAAGAUGAGGAAGAAGACGAGGACGACGAGGAGGAUUCCGACGAUGAGCGCCGGAAGAAGAAGCCAGGCCCGAAGCCAGGUUCCAAGCGCGGAGGUCCUAAACAGGAGCCUGAUACUCGCAAGAAACGCGGGAGGCCCCCACGGGUGGAUACUCCAAUGGAAACUCGGAUUAAGACCAUUCUCAAGGGAAUCCGCAAGCACAAAGGCCCCGGUGGGCAGCUCAAAAUCUCCCAUUUUGAACGGCUCCCGGACAAGAUCGCCUAUCCUGAUUACUACAUGGAGAUCAAGGAGCCGAUUGCCAUUGAUAUUAUCAAGCGCAAGGCGAAGCGCAAGAAGUACAACUCGGUUGAUCACUUCAUGCGGGAUCUCGAUCUAAUGUUCAACAACGCCAAGGCGUACAACCAAUCAGAGAGUCAGAUCUACAAGGAUGCUGUGGAUCUACAGGCCGAGGCGCGCAAAUUGGCCGAACAGGAGAAGAAGAAGCCUGAUAGCGAAUAUUUGAUGGAAGACGGGCGCUUCCCCUUGCCAGAUGGCAUCCUCCACAACAACGAACUGUGGAAAGUUGGCGACUGGGUUCACAUUCAAAAUCCCAACGAUGUUUCCAAGCCAAUUGUCGCCCAAAUCUAUCGGACGUGGCAGGACUCGGAGGACCAAAAAUGGAUCAAUGCAUGUUGGUAUUAUCGCCCCGAGCAGACUGUCCACCACUUUGAGAAGCACUUCUACCCCAACGAAGUGGUGAAGACUGGCCAGUACCGCGACCAUCGGGUCGAGGAAAUUGUCGACCGUUGUUUCGUCAUGUUCUUCACGCGCUACAGCCGAGGCCGUCCACGCGAUCUCCCGCCAGAUAAGGACAUUUAUGUCUGCGAGGCUCGAUACAAUGAGGAGAAACACAAGCUCAACAAGAUCAAGACAUGGGCUAGCUGCUUGCCCGAUGAGGUGCGCGAGAAGGACUAUGAAAUGGAUCUAUUUGAUGUACCGCGCAAGAUCAAAAAGGUCCCGAGUCCGAUCAAGCACCUGCUUAAGAGCGAUGCCAAAGAAACCGACGAUCUUCCUCGACCGACUUGGGGCGCUGAUAAUGCGCCGCCAGUAGUGGGUGCAGUGCAUCGUCGCCCUCGAGACGAGAAUGAAUCUCCUCCCCCAGAGCCCACACCGUCUCCACCCCCUCAACCGCCUGCUCUGCCACCACAGGCCAUGCCAGUAGCCACUCCCCGUCAACCUAUGAGCCAACCAAUAAUCGCAAACGCCAAUAUGAUUCCCGCAGGAGCUGUGGCAACUCCACAGCUUCAAGCUCCAUCACCCGCAGUUCCAGUGGCACAGACGUCACCAGUCCCCGUUCAUCAAGCCCCAUACCAGGGUCAGAUGAAUCCGCAAAUGUACCAAGGACCGAACCAGCGGCGCCCAAGCAAUUUCGUGCCACAGACCCCAACUGCAAGCUACCAGGCCUCCCCGGCAGCACCGCAGUAUGCACCAGCUCAACCAUCACCAUACGGCAACUACCCCACCAACCGCAUCCACCCUACCGCAGCCCCAAUCUACAAUCCCAAUGCGCCGCGUCCAAUCGAAGUCUACCAUCUCAACGACGCCGCCAACAGCGCAAUCCCGGCCGACAUCCGCUCCCAAUUCCACUGCGACGCACAGGGCCAUGUCCUCUUCUUCUCCGUGCCACCACUAGACCUGAUCCCACCAUCAGAACAAAAACUAGGCCACUCACUCAAGUACCUCGCCUCAAAGGAGGAACGAGCGAAGAAAGUCGCCGAGCGUAAACGCAAACGCGCCGAAGAGCAGCGAGACCGCGAAGAAGCAGCCAAGCGCAAGCGUGCCGAUGAAGAGAACGCCUUAGCGGGCCAGAUCGAGUCAUUGACCCCGAAAGCUAUUGAGACCAUGGUGCUACAAGUGGUUUCUAACACGGAUCAAUUAUACCAGGCUAUCUACGAUAACCAAGCAGAUAGCGUGCGGGCCGCAGAUGAAAGGGUCCGGGAAAGCCGAAUUCAGGCUGAUCGAGUCAAAAGCCAGUCGACCGCGCGGAUUCAGGCGCAGACUGAGGAUGAAGGGUUUGUGAGUUUGAAAGGGAGUGCCAUGUAUCUGGGGGAUAUUUGA